UAUUGAACAAACUCUUUUUAAUCCUUAAAGCGUUUUGGAAGUGAAAUUUGCUACUUUUAUUUUCUUUCCGCCUGAACCGCGGAGCCGCUUCUAAUGCUGCUACGCACGCAUAUUAUUCCUUUGUCCACCUUGCCACUGGCACGAGCAUGCAAAUAAGUGGUUUUUGUGAUGAAGUACAUCAUGUUCUCCGCCGCCUCUCUUUGUUCCCCCAUGCAGAUCACCACACCGCACGGCCGCGGAGAGGAUUCGGAACACCCUCCAGGGGGGAAGAGUUGUGCUUGGAGCUUGUCGCCUCAGUUCAGCACGGGACAGACCCGUUUCUCCUGCGUCACGAUACUACAUAGCAAAACGAAGCGAUACCAUGCCUCAUCGAGAAGGAAACUAAACGCGAUGCGUAAACCUAAAAAGAACUGCCACUUUGAUUAUCCUUUGCUGCUAGGUGCCAGCACCACGGCCGAGUACACCGAGACACGGGGCUCAGUAUAG